GUGGCUGCUUUUGCCUCCACGUUUGUAUGACGGCCAAUCGAACCACCCGCGCCACCUGACUGCAGCAUCUGCGCAGGUCCUCUUCCUUUCUCUCAGCCUAGAACAAGACCGACCCGAGGCCCAACCUUCUUCUCUCACACUUGUCCCUUUCGUUCUAUUUGCAUGCACUCACCAGCAUUUGGUCUUACGGGUCCAUUCUUCUUCUCAUGUUUGACUUUUAAGGCUGCAGGUCUUGUAGUUUACGAACGUCAUUACUCUACCCAUUCGUUCAUUGACUCAUAAGCUCCAGGGUGGCUCAACGGCAAUUUUGAGCUCUUCAGGGCUGGCAGCACCUUUUAUUGACCAUCAACCACCCAUCGCCACGUUCAUUUUCAGGACAGGCUUUCUCCCUCACGCUCAGUCUCUCUUGUGCCUGAUCUAACCUGAAAAGAGGAAAAUGGCUGAUGCGGAGGAACCUCAACAUUUCAACUCGCUGGCUGAGAGAAUCGCCGCACUAAAUAAACAGCCCAACUUCACCGAGCCCAAGAAGAAGCCGCCACCGCCGCCACCCUCGAAUCAGCAGCGUCCGUCAUCGCGCACGCCUGCUCAGACACAGGCACAGGCACAGGCACAGGCAACAGCCUCACCUCCUCUGAACGGUCAUGCUCAGGCCACAUCUCCCGCCCUGCCAGCUCGUCCGGUAAAGAAGGCGUCACCGUCUGUUCUUCCUCAGAGGACCAACACGGACAUCGUUAGCCAUGGCCAUAUGCCAUCACCACCAACCCGUGGCCUUGCGCCUCCGUUGCCCAGACGGGAUUCCGAGCAGACCAAGACGUCUCCUGCCCUGCCGCCUAGGAGGCCGUCAACUCAAUCGCUAGGCCCUCGUCGAGGCUCGAACGAGUCCAUCAGGUCGACCAUGUCGUCCCUCUCCCUAAACAACAGCAUCCUCUCAACGGCCACCAGCGUUGGCUCCACUGACGGCCGGAGACUACCACCGCCCUUGGAACAGGCCAAACUGCCACCCCUUCCGCCGUCAAGGAAAGAGCGAGAAGCCGCCCAGGCACAGGAGGCCGAGGACGCCAGGGCAGCCACUGCUGCAAAGAUCACUCUGAACUCCGGCCCUCUCUGCCACCCCGGCUGCCUAACAGACCAGCCCGAUCGCCCGGCAUACUGGAGGCCGAGGAACCGCCUCCAAACCUUCCCACACGACGGCUGCCCCCUCCGCCCGCCAACCAGCACUGCCCCGCCUCCCCCAGUGCCUCUUGCGUCACGCCCCAGCGCGGCACAGGUCGACGCGGCAGCCUCCAGAGGCGCUGCACAACAACAGCAGGCAUCAUGUCUGAUCUGUCGAGACUUCACCGGGCCAGAUGGUGUUGCCGCCCAGUAUCCUCCUUCCGUCAUCGAUCGUGGCGACCCCAUCGGCUACCUCGCCCAUCACCUCUGCGGGCCCUUUCCCUCGCCCACUGACAAGGCCCGCGCCAUAUUCACGUGGUGCCAUCAUAAUAUUGAUUACGACGUUGCAGGCUUCUUUGCCGGGUGUCCUGCUCGGGGCACGGCGAGCGAGACCGUCUUCUCAGGAAAAGCGGUCUGCGAGGGUUAUGCCCGGACGUAUGAGGCUAUUGCCAAGCGCGCAGGGCUGGAAUGCAUCGUUGUGGGAGGUCAUGGAAAGGGUUUCGGUUUUGAGCCUGUGAAGGAUGGCCAGCCGCCUCCACCGCGAAAAGCUACAGGGCACGCCUGGAACGCCGUCCGUAUUGACAAUGGUCACUGGAAGCUGAUCGACCCAUGUUGGGGCGCCGGCCAUCUGGAUGGACAAUCCUACAAGCGAGCAUUCAACCCCCAGCAGUUCACGAUGAGCAAUGAGAUUUUCGGGUGGAGGCACUUCCCAGAGGACAGCCGGUAUUCCUACCGUGAUGACAGACGUGCCCUGUCAUGGGAGGAGUAUAUCAUGGGCCCUACAGGCGGGGAGCGUCCUCGCUGGUUCGGCAGCACUGUCGAGGAGGGCAUAUCCGAGUGGAAUGCGUCCCCUCCGCACAAGGAGAUCCCGGUAUAUAGCGGUGAGAUGGUCCGUUUCCAAUUCGCUAAGUUGUGCGAGCACUGGACGGCCGAGAGGAACGGAAGGGGCAAGCCUAGGCUCCUGAUGAUGAACAUCCACGGUGUAGACGGGAGAAAGAAAGACCAGGUGCCACUGGACUCGGACGGGUUCUGGUGGUGGUGUGACAUCCCGGCAAGAGAUCUGGGCAGCCCUGGACAGAAGGUACAGCUCUAUGGCCUCAAUGUGCUGAAUGGUAAGGAUGCUAUGGGGGUUACCAAGCAAGAGUUCCAAAGGUUUUGCGGAGUGGGAGCUCGUGUGAGGAUGAUUGCAUAG